AUGAUUGAGAUGAAACGUCUCAUUUCAAGAAUAUCUUUGGGGACACUGCUUUUCAAGCAAGUAUAUAUUGUCAUUCGACAGCUACAAGACCUUCCAGUUUAUGUUUUGAAACCUGAAGAUGGUAAUGGGCCUGAAAGGACAUUGCAUCGUGAUAUACUGCGGCCAUGUGGUUUCAUUUCAGUUCUUGAUGAGGGGGAAUCUCAACAAGAUGUUCACUCUGAUCACAAUCUGCCAGAUAUUAACGAGUUGGCUACAACUGAAGACCCAGUUCUUAAACCACUAGAGUCCAAACCAACUGUUGAAUUGAAUCCUAACGCAUCUGAGUUUAAACCAAAUGAGUCUAGUCCUUCAUGUGUGCAUGAUACUUGGCUGUCACCCACUGAAAGUACAGCCCUAUUAGACUUUCCUGAUACAGUACCAGAAAUGCAAGGGAGUGCACUGUCUGAUGUCUCAGUUGAAUCAUCAGUACUUGAGCUGGAAGAAGGACAAAUGGAGACACAAGAUUUUGAAACCUCGACGCAAGAAGCCACGGCCGAGGGAGGGAUCGUGAAUCGGCCAAGUUUCUCUCUCGCUCGCCCUCUUCGAUUUCGAGUUACCAAUUACAACAACGUUGUAGAAACCAAUUCAGAUUCAGAUGAUGAAGACAAAUUACACAUUGUUGAAGAGGAGAGUGUAGCAGAUGCAGCGGAUUGUGGUGACAGCGUGCCAGAUGAUGACUUGCCAAAAGACCAUACAGUAUUACCAGAAAGCAGUGAAAGAGAAGGAAGUGCAAACAGUUGCUGGGAAGAUGAAGCUAGUAAAGAAGUAAAAGAAAUCCUGGGGCCUGAAGCUCAAGCAGAUGAACCUGGAUGUGCAGUAAAAGAAGAUGAAUGCGAUUCUGAUGCAGAAAAUGAACAAAAUCACGACCCAAAUGUUGAAGAAUUUCUGCAGCAAGAAGAUACAGCAGUUAUCUAUCCGGAAGCACCUGAGGAAGACCAGAGACAAGGCACACCAGAGGCCAGCGGUCAAGAUGAAAACGGCACACCGGAUGCAUUUUCCCAGCUGCUUACAUGUCCUUAUUGUGAUAGAGGGUACAAACGCUUUACCUCUCUGAAAGAACACAUUAAAUAUCGCCAUGAAAAAAAUGAAGAUAAAUUUAGUUGCUCCUUAUGCAGUUACACGUUUGCAUAUAGAACACAACUUGAACGCCAUAUGACAUCACAUAAAUCAGGAAGAGAUCAAAGACAUGUGACUCAAUCAAGUGGUAACCGAAAAUUUAAGUGCACUGAAUGUGGAAAAGCUUUCAAAUAUAAGCAUCAUUUAAAGGAACACCUACGAAUCCACAGUGGAGAGAAGCCAUAUGAGUGCCCAAACUGCAAGAAACGUUUUUCCCAUUCUGGUUCCUACAGCUCCCACAUAAGCAGCAAGAAAUGCAUCGGUUUGGUGCCUGUGAAUGGCCGAGCACGAUCAGGGAUCAAGACAUCUCAGUGCUCUUCCCCAUCCCUUUCUGCGUCUCCGGGUAGCCCAGCAAGACCACAAGUACGGCAGAAGAUAGAAAACAAGCCCUUACAAGAACAACUUCCUGUAAACCAAAUUAAAACUGAACCUGUGGAUUAUGAGUUUAAGCCCAUAGUGGUUGCUUCAGGAAUCAACUGUUCAGCCCCUUUGCAAAAUGGGGUUUUUAGUACUGGUAGCCAAUUACAGGCAGCCAGUUCUCCUCAGGGUGUGGUGCAAGCUGUUGUUUUGCCAACCGUCGGUCUGGUGUCUCCAAUAAGUAUCAAUUUAAGUGACAUUCAAAAUGUACUCAAAGUUGCGGUGGAUGGCAAUGUUAUAAGGCAAGUAUUGGAGAACAGUCACACCAGUCUUACAUCCAAAGAACAAGAAACAAUCAAUACUGCAUCCAUUCAGCAAGCUGGACAUUCCCUCAUUUCAGCUAUCAGUCUUCCUUUGGUUGAUCAAGAUGGGACAACCAAAAUUAUCAUCAACUACAGUCUGGAGCAACCUAGCCAACUUCAGGUUGUUCCACAGAACCUGAAAAAAGAAAACUAUGCCCCAGCCAACAGCUGCAAAUCUGAAAAGUUACCUGAAGAUCUCAGAGUGAAGUCCGAGAAAGAAAAAAGCUUUGAAGGAGAGACCAAUGAUAGCACUUGCCUUCUUCGUGAUGACUGUCCAGGAGAUCUUAAUGCACUUCAAGAAUCAAAGCACUAUGAUGUGAAAAAUGUCUCUCAGCCACCUCAGCUCAGUGGCACAGAAGCUGAAAAGUCUGAAUCCUCUGGUUCAUCAGAAGCAGGGGAGGCUAACCUAUCUCCCGGUCAACCUCCUUUAAAGAAUCUCUUAUCCCUCUUAAAAGCCUAUUAUGCAUUAAAUGCACAACCAAGCUCAGGAGAGCUCUCCAAAAUUGCUGAUUCAGUAAAUUUGCCAUUGGACGUAGUAAAAAAGUGGUUUGAAAAAAUGCAAGCUGGCCAAAUUUCUGUCCCAUCGUCAGGACCAUCUUCCCCUGAGCCAGACAAAUUAAAAAAUUCUGUUGAUAAUGAAGCCCCUACGGGACUUACAAUUGCAAAUGAGCAUCAGGACAUCCCAUCGGAUUCUCAAAGCCCUCCCAACACAGAUAAACCACAGACUGUACCAGCAGGAUCUACUAGAAACGAUUCACGGAGUAACACGCCAUCCCCAUCACCUCUUAACCUCUCUUCAUCUAGAAAUUCACAGGGUUAUGCGAACCCUAACGAGGGUGUCCAGGAAGAGCCACAAAUAGAACCUCUUGACCUUUCACUACCAAAGCAACAUGGAGAGUCCUUGGAACGAUCGACUAUAACUAGUGUUUACCAGAACAGUGCUUAUUCUGUCCAAGAAGAACCUUUGAACUUAACUUGUGCAAAAAAAGAAUCGCAAAAGGACAGCAGUAUUACAGACUCUGAACCAGUUGUAAAUGUAAUCCCACAAAGUGCCAAUCCCAUUAAUAUUGCUAUACCUACAGUUACUGCCCAGUUACCUACAAUUGUUGCCAUUGCCGACCAGAACAGUGUUCCAUGCUUAAGAGCUCUUGCUGCCAAUAAGCAAACCAUUCUUAUACCACAAGUAGCUUAUACUUAUUCCACCACAGUCAACUCUACCAUUCAAGAAACACCAAAACAGCAGGUGCAGCCUAAUGGAAGUCAGGAUGAAAGACAAGACACUAGCUCAGAAGGGGUAUCCAAUGUGGAAGAUCAGAAUGAUUCUGAUUCCACACCACCGAAGAAGAAGAUGAGAAAGACAGAAAAUGGAAUGUAUGCUUGUGAUUUGUGUGAUAAAAUAUUCCAGAAGAGUAGCUCACUCUUAAGACAUAAAUACGAACACACAGGUAAAAGACCUCACGAGUGUGGUAUCUGCAAAAAGGCAUUUAAACACAAACAUCAUUUGAUCGAACACAUGCGACUGCACUCUGGAGAAAAGCCUUAUCAAUGUGACAAAUGUGGCAAGCGUUUUUCACAUUCGGGGUCUUACUCCCAGCACAUGAAUCACCGCUACUCGUAUUGCAAAAGGGAAGCAGAAGAGCGUGAUGGCACAGAGACGGCACAAGAGCACCUCAGCAACGACCACACAGGGGGUGGGGCCUCUCCCUCGCCGCUCGACUCAGAUGAGAGAGAGAGCUUGACGCGGGAAGAGGAGGAAGACAGCGAAAAAGAGGAUGAGGAGGAGGAAGACAAAGAGACAGAGGAGCUGCCAGAAGAAAAAGAAUGUGGAGAAUUACAAGAGGAAGAGGAGGAGGAAGGGGAAGAAGAAGAAGAAGAAGGAAAAACUGAAAGUAGCAGGAAGGUUGAAGAAGCUGUAAGUGAAGAAAGCCACGUGAAACAAGAAGUUAUACCGAAAGGGGAGCUGGUGUCGGAUGAAGAUGCAAAUAAAGCUUAACAAACUGAUAACAGGGGUUUUGUAUAACAAAAAAGAAAGAAAUCUCAGCUGGUAAUGAAGGUUGUUCUAUACUCUACAUGCUUUUGAUGGAAGCACAGUAGCCUGUGCACUGUGAUUCCUGUUCACUACUGUGUAACAAAAAUGAAAAAAAAAACAAAAUAUAAAAAUAUAUAUAUCCAGGUGUGCCUGAACCUCAAACGUAGUAAUUUUUCACACAGUUUUCAAAGUUUAGGAACAAGUUUGACCUGAAACAGAUUAGAAGAGAUACGGUGACUCUGAAAGCAAAGAUUUAACAUGUUGU